CUUCUAUUAGAAGAUACCCUUUGACUCGAUUAGUCGUGCCUGGUAUGGGCUCGCAUCCCAACAUGGCGGGGCGAGACGAUUACGGACACUCCGAUUCAGGGUAUGGGGGCGGCGGAGGCAGGAGAGGUGGCGGAGGCCGAAAACCUUUGCCUGACGAGCCACCCUACACCGCCUACGUAGGCAACCUUCCGCAUGGAAUCGUCCAGGGCGACGUUCACAGAAUCUUCUCGGAAUUGGCGAUAAAAAGCGUUCGGCUGGUCAAGGAUAAGGAGACGGACAGAUUUAAGGGUUUUUGCUACGUUGAGUUUGAAGAACGGCAAAGCCUUGAGGCUGCCCUUCAAAUGGAUGGCUUGGUUGAAAUCGAAGAAAAACUUAUUCGGGUUGAUGUAGCCGACGGAAAACGCUCAGAUCGCGGGGGCGGCUUCAGAGGAGGCCGCGGAGGUCCUGGUGGGGGAGGCCGAGGCGGACCACCCUUCCGUGACGGGGGUGGCCGAUCUGGACCCAGAGGCGGCGGCAACUUCGACGACUUUGGUGGUUACGACAGACGAGGACCACCUCGCGGUGCUUCCCAGGGCUCAUUUGGUGAGCAGAGGGGAGGAAACAGAGGCUCCUAUUUUCAACAGGAUCAACGAUCCACGUCAGACUGGGGUAGUCGAAGUGGUGGCGGCGGAGCAGGUGGAGGCUUCGGUGGCGGCCGAGGAGGAGAUUUUGGUGGUAGAGGAGGAGAUGGCGGCUUUGGUGGCCGCGGGGGUGACGGCCCAGGUCAGAGACCCAGAGGCGACGCUGCUCCACGGCCGCGACCAGACAUUGUACCUGUCGCAAGCACGUCAGAGCGUCCACGCCUGCAGCUAGACAAGAGGACAGUGAAGGAGCCGGUGAACAGCAUGGCUCAGACGAGCCAGUCUAUCUCCAUCUUCGGAGGCGCCAAGCCACGCGAGGAGCGUGCUGACGACAUCAACGUUGCUGGCCUCAAACUCGACGACCCUCCCCCAGAGUGAAUGCGAGAAUUGUGCUGCUGCUGUAUCUAAAGAGUGUGUCCGCCAAACUUGAUGAAAAAAUCAACAACACAUCCAACUAUGAAACGAAUGAAAGAUGAAAAAAGAACCAAUAAAAUUGCGCGUAAUUAUUAUUUCAACUACAA